AUAUAAGUGAAAAACAGUUAGAGUCAGUCAGUCUUAAUCAUUAAUGUUUACGCUUAAGUCUCAAUACUUGAAAAACUCAGAAUUUUACUCUUAAAACUAUCAAAUUAAGUAAAUUUAUCAAUUUUAUCAAGACAAUGAUAAGAUUUGCGCAAAACAAAUAAAUACUAAAUAUCAGUGAUACGUGCAAUUCAAGUACUAAAGGAACACAAAAAAAGUUGCUGCUGGUUAGAACUGUCAUAAUAUCACAACAAAGAUGUUUAUUACGUUAUUAUUAUUUAUUUUUAUUGUAUAUUUGGUGUAUCAUUAUUACGUACAUUAUGGACGAUUUGGACAAUUAAUCCAUAAAAUACCAGGACCACCAGGUUAUCCACUUAUUGGUAAUUUUUUUCUACUGAUGACUAAACAAGAACAUCUUAUAAAUCUUAUAUUUUCAUUUUGUGACAAAUACUAUCCAAUUUUUAAAGGAUGGGCUUUCUUUGAAGGUUUCGUAUCUAUUCGUCAUCCCGAUGAUCUGGAGGUGAUACUAAACAGUUCAACAAAUAUUGAAAAGAGUAGAAUUUACUCUGUAUUACAUCCUUGGUUCGGUUUGGGUCUUCUUACUAGUGGAGGUUCCAAAUGGCAUUCCAGGCGAAAAAUAUUAACACCUACGUUUCAUUUCAAUAUACUUCAGCAAUUUGUUGAAAUUUUAAUCGAGGAGGGCGAGAGCAUGACAAACUCAUUAAAAAAUGCAGGAAGCACUAUUACAAAAGAUUUAGUACCGUUUAUUAGUGAAUACACCCUGAAUGCAAUAUGCGAAACUGCUAUGGGCACCUCUAUACAAGGAAUGACUUCCGUUCAGCAACAGUAUCGAAAAGCAGUUCACCGGAUAAGUGAACUUCUUAUUUAUAGAUUAGUCAGACAUUGGCUAAUAAGUGAUUGGAUAUUUGCAUUAACACCACAAGGAAGAGAGCAAGUAAAAGUUUUGAAAAUAUUGCAUGGUUUUACUAAUAAGAUUAUUGCAGAAAGGAAAAAUUAUCACAAACGUACCAAUGGGCAAUACUUGAAAAAUUUUAACGAAAGUAUAAUAACGGAUAAUGAAGAAAUUGUUGGAAUUAAAAAAAAACGGCUGGCUAUGUUGGAUUUUUUAAUAUACGCGUCUCAAGAGGGUCAUUUGACUGAUGUUGAUAUUAGAGAGGAAGUCGAUACUUUUAUGUUUGAGGGUCAUGAUACUACAUCAACCAGUCUUUGCUAUACUUUAGCAUUACUGGCCGAAAACAAAGAUAUUCAGGAUCGUGUUCGACAAGAAGUUGAUGUUGUUAUGCAAGAAAAUGAAGGAAAACUUACUAUAAAAUCGCUACAAAAUCUACAAUACUUAGAGAGAUGUAUAAAAGAAUCUUUGCGUUUAUAUCCGUCUGUUUAUUUCAUAUCACGAAUUACUACGGAAGAAGCACAAUUAAAAUCACAUUUAAUACCUGUUGGAACAAUAAUGCAUCUUCAUAUUUAUGGAGUUCAUAGAGAUCCAAAUUUUUGGCCAAAUCCGGAUGUAUUUGAUCCAGACAGAUUUUUACCAGAAAAUAGCCGAAAUCGUCAUCCUUAUUCAUAUAUACCAUUUAGUGCUGGGCCGCGUAAUUGCAUUGGUCAACGAUUUGCUAUGUUGGAAAUGAAAGCAAUGAUAACUCCUUUAAUUCACAAUUUCUGUUUGGAGCCUGUUGAUCUCUUAAAGAAUCUCCGGGUAGGACCUGAUUUGGUACUUCGUCCUCUUGGUGGGCAUCGAAUAAAAUUCAUCCCAAUCGCCACAAAAUGCAUAUAAGCAAACUUCAUAAAACAACUUCAUAAAACGACAAAUGUUUUGUAAAAUACAGAAUAUUAUACGUGUUUGUAAAAAUACACAAACAAUAAAAAUGUAAUUUCUUUCUAAUUAAUAAGAUUUAUUUUAUUAAUGAAUUUAAACAUAUUUUAUUUACAUCAUAAUCUAUUUAUUUGGUCUUACUUAAUUAUAAUCUUUAGAAAAAUUACAUUUUUAUCGUUUGUGUAUAUUUACAAACACGUAUAAUAUUCUGUAUUUUACAAAACAUUCGUCGUUUUAUAAAAUUGUUGUUUGUUUAUUAAUACGUAAGUUUAUUAAGAAGACUUAUGUACUGCUGCUUAAUCUGUCGUAUCUCUUAAUAAAGACAAAAUUAACCAACA